AUGACUUUAAACGUUUAUUAUUUUUUAAGUAUUUUAUUUGUUAUUGGGUGUGUAGGUUUUUCUGUAAAACCUUCCCCUAUUUACGGAGGGCUAUCUUUGAUUGUUAGCGGGGCAUUAGGGUGCGUUAUUAUUUUAGGCUAUGGAGGAUCAUUUUUGGGAUUAAUAGUAUUUUUAGUUUUUUUAGGUGGUAUGAUAGUUGUGUUUGGUUAUACCACUGCUAUAUCUAUGGAACAGUACCCUGAGUCUUGGGUUUCUAAUGUUGCUGUUUGAAGUGUGAUGUUGUUUAGCCUGUUUAUAGAAGGAUUAUUGUCUUAUGUCUGGUUAAACUAUGAUUAUGUUGAAGUUAUUGUGCAGUUUAAUAAUAUGGGGGAGUGGGUGAUUUAUGAUGGUGAGGGUGGUGUGGGCUACUUGAGUGAGGGUCCUACUGGGGUUGGUGCUAUUUAUAGUUAUAACUACUGGCUGAUGUUUGUGGCAGGAUGGUCAUUGUUUGCAGGAAUUCUCAUUACUAUGCAGAUUAUUCGAGGUAACUAG